CUCCUAGAGGGGCAGGCUCUGCGACGCCAGCCGCCGCUCCAGAUGGAGAAGCUGCGUCCACAGUAUUUAACCCCGCCACGUUUCGAGAAUUCACCCCAUCAAACUUUGAGUUGAGUACUGAUCACUGCCAAUGGCUCAGCCUCCGAGACAGGGCUCUCUUUUGACCCCUUUACUAUGCCCAACGUUGGCCAGACAUUACCGGCCACACCUUUCAACCCUUAUGCCGACGAUCCUACCGGACUCGCUGGCUCAGGGGCCUACUUCCAACAUCAAAAUGCUUACACAGCCCCCCUUCAACCCCUGCAAUACCAUUUGUACGCACCCGUUGGGCCGUAUAGAGAUGACUUGAUGCCGUUCCAAAGGCAAAUUCACGACUUCUUCUUACCUGAGAAAUUGCGUGAGGAAAUGCAACGCAAGUCCGAGGCUUUGCAGCAGGUUAUGCCAAACUCGACACUACCUCCGUUAGACAACUACUACUCCCUUGUUCCUCUUGACACCAGUCAUAGGAAGAGCUCUAGCGUCUUUGGCUUCACCACAUGGGUGUACAAGGCUACAUCCUCGAAGAAUGGCAAAACAUACUGCCUCAGACGGCUUGAGGGUUACCGACUAACCAACGAACAAGCCAUUCGCUCUGUCAAGGAAUGGCGAAGGCUCAACAACGGCAACGUGGUGGGCAUUCACGACGCCUUCACCACUCGAGCCUUUGGCGACAGUUCCCUAUUCUUCGUACAAGACUACCAUCCCCUCUCUAAGACACUUGCCGAACUUCACUUUUCCCAACCGGCCUCCACCCAUGGCACCCGCUUCAGCGCAAAGAAUCCCAUAACCGAAAGCGUUCUGUGGGGCUACAUUUCCCAAAUAGCCAAUGCGUUGAAGGCUAUCCACACACUAAAUCUGGCUGCCAGAUGCCUCGAUAUGAGCAAGGUCAUCGUGACGGACAAGAAUCGCAUCCGGCUUAGUGCUUGCUCCAUCCUGGAUGUUGUUCAGUUCGACAAUCGUCGCCCGGUUCAGGAGCUGCAACAGGAGGACUUGAUUCAAUUCGGCAAACUCAUUUUAUCACUGGCCACUAACACGCCGCCGAAUCAGCUCACAAAUCUCAAAGGGUCCAUGGAACAGAUGAGCAGGGUUUACUCAAAAGAAAUCACCGAUACCGUCUUGUGGCUUCUGACCCCCGCUCCUGCUGGUGCCGCGCCGAAGGGUAUAGAAGAGUUUGUCCGGGGCAUCGCAGUCCACAUGGUUGCCACGCUAGAUGCCAGCUUACAGGAAGCGGACGCCCUGAAGUCGGAUCUGUUCCGCGAACUAGAAAACGGCCGCAUCGUGCGUUUGAUGGCCAAGCUUGGGGCCGUCAACGAACGGCAGGAAUUCGACGGCGACAGGAAUUGGUCAGAAAAUGGCGAGCGAUACAUGCUCAGACUAUUCCGGGACUACGUCUUUCACCAGGUCGACGCGAACGGGAAUCCUGUGGUGGACAUGGGCCACAUUAUUCGAUGCCUGAACAGACUGGACGCCGGUAGUGACGACCGAAUCUGUCUUACGAGCCGAGACGAGCAGACGAGCUUUGUCAUCAGCUAUAAGGAGCUGAAGAAGCAGCUCGGCAACGCUUUCGGGGAGCUCCUCAAGGCAGGGAAACAGACAUCGAACCGAGGGUUCCAAGGUACCUCCCACUAGAGCGGGGAGGGUUGCGACUACCACGGGUACGACAAGGAUCGAAAUCACAAUCAUGAAAGGACGGGGAACGAGGCUUCAGCGUACUUGGAUUACAAUGUACGGGGCUGCGCUUCAGACGACGCGAGAAACUAUUACGGAGUGUGAAGAACGAACCGCGCUGGUUUAAGACGUUGGACUACGGAUGCACGGUUGGAACGGCGCGUG